GACCAGGAACGACUCUUAUAGCUGCUAUAACGUAAGUGAUGACUGAAACUAGCUUGUUUCACGGACGUAGAACAACAUUAAAUGCCGUGUAAGCUGUAAUUUGCAGGUUGGGAUGACAUCUUUUUUUUUUUUCAACUCGGCAUGUUCGAAGUGUUGCGAAGUGGGGGAUAAAACAUCUUCUGUUAGCAUCUUUUGUUGGCUUUAAGCUAGCCAGCUAGCUGUGAUGAGUGACGCAUAUUUUCCUCCUCAAACCACAAACUUUGGCGUCAGUGUUUUAGAUUCAACAAGCGAAUAUGUCUUGCGUGCCGAUUGCUGCGUUAUGAGAGAAAUAAUACACUUCAGGACAUGCUCUUGUAGGAAAAUAAUCAACUUUAGACUGGUAACUAAGAUCGCUUAAUCACACCACCCCGUCACUCAGUAUUUAACUGUAACACAAACACAAGCUAGUGGAUGUAUUUUAUUCUAUUGUAAAUGUAUCAAAUGUAAUACUUAUUAUUACAGAUUAUUUGUGAUUCAAAUCAAGCAUCUUGUCUCUGAGGUAAUAAAUAAACAAAUAAAUAAACAAAUAACUACGGAGUAUUAUUUUGUCGCCACCUGGUGGCCGCUCGUGUUACUGCAGCUGUGCUGUAAAUGGCGUCUGCAGUGAGUUAAUGGAGUUUUCAGUGCUGGCGCUUAAACUCUCACUCAUUAUUCGUGUUUUUCAUCAUUAUAUCAGUGUAAGGAUCAGCAAAUAAAAACCGCCUGACGAGACGAUGAGCACGACGUUGUUUUCGUGGUCGGAAAAAAUGCUGCAGCUUCUUCGCCGGAUGAACAGCUUUCAUUUACCAGGUUCUAGCUUAGAGAAAUGUUUGCGGUUCAAGGUCGCAGGUCAGCAGGUGGGUUGGAUCCGGCCGGAUGUGGCGUCAGUGCUGUGCCGUUACCCCGAAGUGUUCUGUACAGUAGGGGGCGCUAUAGAACUCUGCCCAACGCUGGACUCGUAUGAGCGCAGGACACAGGCGGUGGACGUCGUGCUGCAGACGCUCAGAAAGGAGGCGGGGUUUACGUGUCUAAAGGGGUGGAGAAAUGAGAUGUACGCGGUGAUGCCGAGGUUCUGCGACGCUCCGCUGAUGCACAUGGAGAGAGCAGCGACGAGUCUGUUCGGAGUGAAGCGUUACGGCGUACACAUUAACGGGUUCAGUCGAGACGGAGAUGGGAAGCUGAGCAUGUGGCUCGGCAGGAGAUCCAGCACUAAACAGACUUAUCCUGGAAAACUGGACAACCUGGCAGCAGGGGGUCUAGCGUCCGGCUGCAGUAUCAAACACACACUGUUGAAAGAGUGUGAGGAGGAAGCGUGCAUCCCUCCAUCCCUGGCGCAGAGAGCGCGACCUGUAGGAACCAUCAGCUACACGUACGAGGAUGACGAGGGCGUGUUCCCCGAGUGCCAGUUCGUGUUCGAUUUGGAGCUCCCGAGCGAUUUCAAACCUCAGAUCGGAGACGGAGAAGUGCAGGAGUUUUAUUUCUACCCCAUCGAGAAGGUGAAGGAACUGAUCGUAGGUGAGGACUUUAAGCCGAAUUGUGCCAUGGUGGUGCUGGAUUUCCUCAUCAGACACUCCGUCAUAGAACCCGACUCAGAGCUGUAUUAUCAGGAGUUUGUCUCCGGGCUGCACAGAUCGUUCUAGAACAUGGACGACUCUCUCUAACACAACUGCAAGACGUUAACCUCGUACGGCGCGGACCCAAGGCCGAACAAAACUCCAGUACGACGUGAC